CUCUGUGUAUCGUUCACGUAUAUUUCAGCUCUGGAACAAGGAAGAAUGAACGCUGUCAAGUGAUCAAGACAAGUUUUUUUUUCUUUCGUCUACAAGUAUCUUGUUCGAUCAGUGAACAAGAUGGAGACAAAUUUUACAAAGAGGUGGGAGCAUCUCGUUUCUCCACAAACGCCUCCUGGGGACUGCAUGGACUUGAACUGUGCUUGAGUUCUGCUGGACUCCUUGUGGUCCUAAAGCUAAAACUCGGCCAUGUGGGACUUCUUCCUCUGCCUGCUGCCGUCUACCUUCCUGUUCGCGACCGCUAUGCUUUUUCGAUCACAGUGGAUUUGCCGUCUUGUAGAGGAAGGAACGAGGCAGCUAGCUUGCCGUAUGUGGAAAGUAAUCUGCUCGAUAUUGAAUCUCUCACACCCCAGUGUUUUGCACGCCACCGCGAACCAGGCGUCAAAAAUCAAGCUGAUCUACAAACCGACUGCCCUCGCAAACUACAUCGUUCAGAACUGUAGAACUUUAGCUUGUGCUCCUCUGGCGAGGUGGCCGAAAGCAGAUCCUCAUUUUCAAAUUUUCUUCAAUUUUAUAUGGCCAAUUGAGGAAGAGGCGUUAAGACACUGCGGAAUAACCUUCACCAGGGAUCAUUUACUAAUACAAGAUGGUGGAAUCAUAGCCCUCGAUUGGGCUGUAAGGCUGAAAGACCCGAACACUCAGGCUAGGACGGAAAACUAUCCAGGAGAAACUCCACCCAUUAUAAUUUUGAUUCCUAACGCUUUGGGAAAGAUCACAAACAAUUUGCUGAGCUUGUGUCACUUGGCUCUGCAGCAGGGUUUCUACCCUGUGAUAUUCCAUCGCCGUGGCCAUGGGGGAUGCCCACUUACCACGCCGCGUUACCAGGAGUUUGGGGAUCCAUCUGAUCUGGUGCAGGCAAUUCUAUACAUUCGGUGUCACCAUCCAUCUUCAGAUCUGUUUGCGGUCAGUGAAGGUUCUGGCUCUGGCCUGCUGCUGUCUUAUCUCGGAGAGUGUGGCUCAUCCUCCUUCCUAGUAGCAGCUGCUUGUAUAUCACCCGUGUUUGAUGGACAACUGUUCUUCGAGACGUCUUUGCCAAAACUAUACCAUGAAGCAGCACUGGUUUACCUCAAGCAACAAGUCAGCAGGUAUGCAACUGCUUUAAGUUCAGUAAUGGAUACUGAGAAAAUCUUCAGCUGUCGUUCCCUGCAAGACAUGGAGAAGUUGAUGUUCUGUUCAGUCAGAUUGAGAGACCCAGGUCAGAAGGAGACACUGGAGCAAGACCUGAACCUUAGAUCUGUACAGACCGACUGGGCUGGUUACUGGGAACGUAACGAACCCUUGAGAGAUGCUGAUGAGGUCGCUGUUCCGGUGCUUUGCUUGUGCAGCUCUGAUGAUCCUUUACUACCUCCAGCCUCCGCCUUACCCGUGUCCAUCUUCCAGAACAGCCCAUAUUUCUUUUUGGCCCUGACAUCCCAGGGAAGCCAUUGUGGAUUCUUGCAGGAGGAGAAUCGAAGCAGUGCCUCCUGGAGCCAUGACGCAGUGCUGGAAUAUUUCCAGGUUGUCACAGAGUUUUUCAAAGUGGAGGAAAACAAUUGCUUAAUGGACAGAUUUGGUGGAUGGGAAAUCGCCUACAGGUUGAGGCAAAAACCAGGUGCCAUGACACAAAGGAGGAGGAGAUCAACCAUGCUGCGGAGAGAAAAGUCUGUCCUGGGUUUACAGACACAAUUUUCAUCUCACUCGCGCUCAGUCACGUUUGAAGAGCAAGAGACCUUCACUUGGAACAGAUCAUACACCCGAUGAUAUAGGAAUCAGUGCUGGAUGAAGUACACAAACCAUGUAGUUGUGUUGAAGUGGAGACACACUGUAAAAUAUGAUGCCAGUGAGAAAAAAAGCUGUCCCUUUAAACUUUCACUCGAGUAAAAGUACAAAAGUUUUUACCUUCAAAUGUAC